GUGCGCCCUUCCCUUCUCCUCUGAGAGCCAUCACAGCUCGCCAAUGCCGCACGCGAGUCAGCAGGACCUCAUCCUUCGGGCGCUGCCACAGAUUCAUCGUGGCACAUGAAAAUAAGUCCUGUCCAUGAGAAGGACCAGGACCGAGAGCGCCGACAAUGAUCACCAUCACACGACUUGCCCGCCAGCAAGACGCCGAGGCCGUAGUUCAAUUAUCGCAGCGAGUUCAAGCCGCUCUUGCGGCAUCCGGGAGUUUGCAGCAUCUCAGGGCUGUAAAGGUAGAGCAAAUAUCGGAAGAGAUUGGAAGGCAUGAGUGCUUCAUCUUAGAAGAUCAAUUGACUGCACAGAUUAUUGGCGCUGCGAGCACGGGAGCAAUACAACAUGACUACUAUCCAGUGGCUGUCAAUUUCUCCUUGAGCAACUAUUGCAAGCCCUGGAUUUACCUCUACUCUGUCAUGCUCGACCCUAAUCACCAAGGUCGUGGUCUUGGUAGGGGUUUCAUUGGGGACUAUGUCAAACACCUAGAAGAAGUUUUUGGCGGGGGCACAAUCAUUCUCGAUUGCUGGGCUGGCAACUCCAAACUGCGAGAUUUCUACAUCCGAUCUGGUUUCACGUUUGCAGCCAUUGUGCCAGAAAACGAUUAUGAGGUGGCAGUCUUCUAUCGAGAAUUGUCCAAUCAGUUCUCAGGAAAUCGGAAUGCAUCGGAAGACCGACAGCUUCUUGCGUAUGAUGUCCCAAGCGCUCCUAUGAUAUCCAGAAUCCCAUUCGCUGCAUGACAACGUGGGAAUCCUUGAUAAGGAGUCAGAGAACUAAGCACCACUGCAGGAACACAAUGCGAACUUGGAUGAUUUUCUGUAGUAGGGAGAAGUGUAGUGCUAGAGUAGAUGCUGAAAUGAAAAAGGAAUGAUUUCGAGCUUC